GUUUUCUUUCUUCACUUCAAACUUUCACUCUUUACAUGAAGAAGGCUCCGGCGAUCUAAAGCCCCAAUUGGUGCAAUGUCUGAUGUCACGUGAAAGGCCUGUGAGAACUUUACCGGUUACCCAGGGUACAUUAGAGCAAAACCUUACGUGGCCGUUUCUUUCCAUUACCCGCCUUAUCUCUUUUGUUUUCAUUUUGCUUCUAGGUUGAUCCUCAUCUUCCGUUUGAGUUUACUCAUGAAGGAAUGUUAGAACGAGUCAGUGCUUUGAUUCAGAAUCAGGAUUUCUGUUAUCAGAAUCAUUGGCCUCCUUUGAAAGCCUUGAUUCCCGUGAAGGGAGAAGCUGGAGAAUCGUGUAAAGAAGUUUGCCUCGCGAAAGGCAUGGUGUGUGAACCAGAGUUCUUUAAGAGCAUUAAUUCUCGUUCUGCAUUAGUCGAGAAUGGUUUUUCUUGUAACACAAGUCGUCUCGAUGAACUAGCCUCCCUGGUCGCCCCAGGUUUCCAAAGAGAGCCCAAGGCCUGUAUUGUUCAGACCCAGACCCUUCUGUUCAGUUGCACAGGAACGAGUCCAACAACCAUGCGCUUGUGUCCAUGCAGAAAAUUCAAGAAGGAACAGGUAGCUCUAUGGGAUGGCUACUGACACCUGCCAAUCAAAAUCUAAUCAAUCCGUAAUUUAUAUUAUGACUGUAGAGAGCAGACUUAUGACCUUUAAGAUGAUUUCCAGUCCGUACUGCGCAGUCUCCGCACCGUAAUGUUUAUAAACAUAAAAAAUCUCACUCGAUGGAACGCGAAUCGAUGUUACUCUUUACGAACCACGUGCCUUAUGUUGAGGCCUUUCAAAUCAUUUUCCCAACUGCUUCAUUGAUUUUUACAGCUGCAAAGUUGUUUCAUCAACUGAGAUGAGAAAGAACGAAACAUAAAGUUUCGCGUCCAUAAUGGCAGUUGACAUAAAACUUCAUUUAUUGAAUUGAAAUUACUUCAUGUAGGUAGUUGCGAAAUGUUCACAUUUUGUGACGUCAUACAAGAAACAAAACAAAAAACUUAGACAAACUCUCAAGAGUGCACAGUACGGACUGGAAAUCAUCUUUAAAAAGGGGGGAAUUUCUUGAAGUAAUAUAUUAAACACGAAACACCGUGGUUUACCCAGAAGAGAGUUGAAAAUACGACGCUUAACGAAGUAUUUUUGACGAACUUCGAACUGUUUGGAAAGGAUGUGUUCGAGGAGAAAACGGAGAAGUAACAUUGUAAAAUCUAUGCUUAUAGACCAAUUUCGAUAUAUUAAAAUUCAACCUAACACAAUAGACCUCAUCUCGAGGCUCUGGGGAAUAAACC